AUGGCCUCUGAUAAUGCAGAUCGUCCCGCUCCAGAUCCCGCGCCCAAAGGAAAAUCCCGCAAAAUCGACCCGAAUGCUCCGGUCCGCAAACGCCGCAAGAGAACCGUGGUCAGCGGGGCACCAGAUGACUGCUUUGCCUGCUCCAAGCGAGGCGCGCGAUGUGACCGGCGUCGACCCUAUUGCUCCCAGUGCCUCGACCUGGGCCGCGAAUGUUCCGGAUACAAGACGACACUGACAUGGGGUGUUGGAGUCGCAAGUCGAGGGAAACUCCGGGGUCAGAAGCUUCCGGUGAUGGAAUCGAAAGGGCAAUCGUCGGGAAAUGCUGCGAAAUCACAACCGAAGGCCUCAAGCGGUAGCGGCCCGUCUUCACGGGCUCCGGGCAAUGCUUCGGCCCCGUUGCCUUCCUCAACCGUCCCUGCAAUGGCAUCUUUUGGCGCAAGGACGCCGGUUAUGAAACUAGAAGGUAGCCCACCUAUGAUGCCAGCUGCCUUCGACAUGUCUUCAAACAUGGCCUGGACAAUGGAUAUGCCAGAUCCGCAAUCGUGGUCGAGCACGCUUGCUGCUCCGCCUGCGAUUUCGGGGCUUCCGUUACCUAGUCGCCCAAGGAUUCCAAACAACAGGAGCCAAAAUAUGACCCCAGAGCCGCCACUGCUAUAUGCUCCUAUUCAAACCCCGACGGCUAAUUUUGGAUCGCUGGUUUUGCCGACUGCAGGCCCAUACUCAUGUCAGGCUGCUACUCCCCCAGCGUCACAAGACACGGAUGAAGAAGAUGUCAAACAUGAUCCUAAUUAUCAUAUACAUUGGAACGCCGCCCAUUCCCCGUCACUCUCUCAGCUUCUUUUAGCUCGAUCUGUGGGGCGAACCCCACGCAUUCGUUAUCUCAUCAGUUACUACGCUGAAGUCAUUGCCCCCAUGAUUGUUGCCUUUGAUACCCCCACAAAUCCAUUCCGAACCCAUGUCAUACGCCUGGCGAUGGAGAGCGAGGCUCUGCAGGAGGCUAUUGCAACGUUGUCUACGAGCAACUUGCGACAGAGGCGAGAGCACAAUCACCUCUCUACGGAACGAACUCUACCGGCACGUCUGUCAUCAAUGGCUCACCGCGCCCUCACAGAUGAAGAUUUCCAAGAUCGUUAUGGCAUCUCGAUGGUUGAAGGGUACAUUAGAGAAGAAAAUCACCAUCGAGGGAUGGCCGUCAAGGCUUUGAAUGCUGACUUGGCCGACCCUCAUCGCAGGAUGUCAGACUCCGUACUAGCAACUUUGUUAAUGCUCUGUCUUUUCCACAGCUGUGAUACUGGUGUCGGCAGCUUCCGUGAACAAUUUGCUGGAGUAACAAGACUACUUGCGAUCCGAAUGCGACAUUCUCGUGUCAUACCAGAUGAUCUCAAGUGGUUCAUCCGCAUGUUCUCGUGGUUUGAUACAUUGACGGCAACCACAAAUGACCGUGAUGUGCAACUCCCCGGCACGUGUUUGCAGAUCAGCUCAAUAACUGAUGGAGAAUGGGGUCUGGAGAACCUGGCCGGCUGUGAUGGUCGUCUGUUCAAACUGGUUUCGCAGCUGGGACGUUUGAAUAUCCUCAGUCAGGAUCAGAAGCCCAAUCUAUCGCGCCCGAAUGACGCUGAUGUCUCCACUACUUCCCUCCCCCUAAUAUGCUGUUCCCGGGGAAUGGGGUCUGUACCGGAAUACGGGUUUUCUCUUCCCACACCGCCGCAAAGCAGUGACUCAUGCCGUCGUCCUUCCUCCCCAGAAUUUUGGACAGAGUGGUAUUCGCUCAGGCAGCGACUCGAAUCCUGGCGAUUUGACCCACCUACUCAGGCUGCUUUCCCGUCUCCGCCCUUAUCUGCGUCUACAAUGACGUGGAACUCCACUACCUACGUGACGCCACAGAAUUCCUCAUCGACAUACCAAGUGGCACCUGAGAAUCUCCAGGAUGUCUACCAGAUCUCGGAGUGCUUCCGUCAUGCUGCCCUUCUCUACUGUGAGCGUCUAGCCGAGCCGACCCUUCCAUCGUGUCAUGGCCGUAUCCAGCACCUUGUCCAGCUCGCCAUGCACUGCAUCAUUACCGUGCAAUCGGAUGUAUAUCUUCUCUGGCCACUGUUCAUUGUCGGUUCGGAGUGUGUCCAGGACGAUCACCGUUCGAUCAUCCGCAAUCGGUGCAGGGAUAUCUCCAAGGACUCUGGCUUUAUAAACAACAUUUCCUGCCUAGAGCUUCUGGAACGGAUCUGGGCUGAGAAUUCCGAUGAAUCUUCAUUCCCGGUUUAUCCUAGCGGGUUCGGUCCCCCGCCUCCGCUGGCUGGCGGCAGGGCACCAGCUUCAUCACAGGCCUUCCGUUGGUCCCGAGUUAUGCAGGCCAAGCGAGGGGACGGAGAAUACAUGGUUGCAUAG